GCCGGCAAGAGCUGGCAAGGAGGAGCGGGGUGGCCUGGGUGCCCCUGUCGCCGUUUGGGGAGCCGGGCUGGGCCGCGAGACCGGGGCAGCCGGGUCGGACGCUCCCGAAAUCCCACACUCCUGGGGCGUUCGUGUUCCCGGCCGGAAGGCCCCCGGACCAGGGGCAGGAACUGCAGGCCAAUGUCUCCAACUCUCGCAGUGCCCUGUCCCCCCUUGAUUCAGCCUUCCGGCGUGGGGUAGGCGACCAUCACCCGGGACGCUACCUACUCCUUCCAGGAGUGUGCUGUCCGAGCCGCGUACUCUACCCCUACCCCUGAAUCGGCCCCCCAGCCCAACACUCGGCCCUGCCGCAGCAGCCUGUAGCCGAGCCCUGCUUUCUAAACGUCUCCCAGACGCCUCUGCCCAUUCGCAGUCUGCCCGGCCCAGGACUCCUCCAGGGCACCGCCUCUCCCCCAGGAUGAAGUCCAAUUUCUGCAGCAGGGCUGACGGGCGUGACCGACCCCGGCUCCCGCCGGGAGUCCUCUGUAUGCCUCUUCCUCCCAGUGUCCUCUCUAACCCGGACCCGCAGUUCCUGGAACGCGCUGUCACUUCUGGGGUAUUGCCCAUGCUCUCCCCUCUGCUCCGUUUCUUGUCACCUGGCCAUUUUCUCUGCAACUUUCAGACCUUUUUGUUAGGCAGCUUUCCCACACUGACUGGCUGGGUGAGGUGCGGUCACAGUCGUUUGUAUUUAGGUCGCCCUAAAGUGUAAUUGCUUGGUUCCUGGUUCGUUCUCAUAACACGCCAGCCCGCACAGGGCCUGGCAACAGAGUGCCCAGUAUGUGCUUUUGGGCAGAAUUGCUGGAGCUCUGGGUGUGUGUCCAGUGAGGGAGGCAUGUGGAUGUGCACUGCCCAGUCUGAGGCUUGGCUCUUGGGGCACACACAGUGACACCAAUAAAUGACGUGUGGGAAGUCCCAGGUGCGGGUGUCCUGAGAAGGGACUGUCCCCCUUCUCUGUCAAACCUGGCAGACUCUGUAGCCUCUCUCUUUCUUCUUUGACUCUUGUUAUUUGCCCAUUCGUUCAGCCAGUGUUUAUUGAACAAAACCAGAUAAUGGCCCAGCCCUCAUGGAGUUUCUCUUUAGUGUAACCUGGAACCAUGAGAGUAUGGUGGGCCCUGGGGCGGGUGGACCUGACCGUUUGGAAGGCCUCCCUGAGGGCACUGGAAAUGAGAUCUGAAGGAUGAACAGGACAAGGGCAAGGCCUGUCUAGUGAGAUUGGGGAGAGGUCCCCAGGAGGGGAACUAUAUGGGUUCUGGCUCUGAGGCAGGAGUGGGCAGUGUGGCUUGUUUGGGGAGAGUGAGGAGGUGUGGGGUACCAGAUGAAUGAGGCUAGAGAGGUUGCCCCAGUCAACUGCCAACCUGGCAGGCUGUGACAAGGGAUUUUAUCUCUAUCCUGAAAAUAGUGGGAAGCCACUGGGACACCCCAAAAGGGAGGUGGUGUGGUCAUAUUUGUGUUGUGAAAAGAUCCUUCAGCUGCUGGCGGGGGAAUGGUUUGGAGUGAGAUGAUAGUGGCCAAGUGGGGACCAGCAAGGAAGGAGACUGCUGAAGCAGUGCAGGUGAAAGGUGAUAGAGGCAGGGACCAGGAGGCAAUUAAAGGAAGAGAGGAAGAGUCAGCAGGCCCUGGUGAUGGGUGGAUCUGAGGUGGAGGGAGGAGUCAAGGACGACAUCAGGAUUUCUGGCUUGAUCAGUGAGGCUUGGCUACCUUGGUGUGUCCUUCAUCCUCUAGGUGGCUGGGGGCCUCCUACCUGCACACUGGUUCUCAACCAGGCCUGCCUUUCAAAAACAGCCUUCAUUGUGUUCCCCAAACAGCAGACCCUCCAGUACCCAUUUGCACUAGUGGAGCAUCACCUGUUGGGGCUGGACCCCUUUGAGAAUAUGUUGGUUGACAUUUGGGGAUAAUUCUUUCCUAUGCGUUGUGGGGUGUUGAGCAGCAUCCCUGGUCUCCACCCUCUCGAUGCCAGGAGCUCUCUUCCCCAAUCCUCACAACCGAAAAUAUCUUCAGAUGUUGGCAGGUGUCCCCGGGGGGGCAAACUCAUCUUAUCUCAGAAGCAGUGUUCUCCCCCCUAAAAGACUUGCACUUAAAGUAUGCAUCCUGCUUGGGAGUUCAGGGACUCCUGGAAGCCAUCCAUGUCCCGUUCCCCCCUCCCCCGGCUUUGGAAGCUCUCACAUUCUCCCCAUGUGCCCCUAAUCCAGGUGACUGUGGGAUGUGGCUCUCUCCAGCCCUCAGUCACAGGUCCAGUCAUGAGUCCAGAGGGAGCAGAUAUGUUUCUGGGCCUCAGACUGCUCUGACCUGCUCUGAAGCUGAAUGUUCCUGGCCCAGUGGUUUUCAGAUGCUAUGGCCCGAAAACUCAACGUGCCAAGGUGCUCAACUGCCAGAACCGAGUGGUGUGUGUCUCCCUCCUCAGUCUAGUUUGUAGGGAACGUGUAGUCAGUGGGCAGGUCUUCUCCUAGUUUCUUCGUUGGCAGCUCUGUAUACGACUGUAGUUGCUUUAGCACUUUAGUUGUAGUCUAUUUCGUAUAGCGUUUCACAGUGCUCUGAAGAAAGGAAAAAUGUUUGAGCUUCUACUCUGAGCCAUGCCCCACUCACCACUUACUCUCAUUUCAUUUACUCCCCCAUCCCUUGAGGUGAGUGGUAUCUGCGUUGAUGGAUGAGGAAACUGAGGCCCCAGCAGGGUAAGCAACUUGCCCAAAGUCUCAGACCCCUAAGUUGGCAGAGUUAGAGGACUGCCCGUGACUACCACCACCCCCAAGCAGCCUGGCCUCCAGCACAGGGGAGAGCCAUUGUCCAGCCCAUAGGCCUCUAAGCCUGAGAUGUAUCCUGCUUUUGUUCCCAGAGCCUUUGUUUGUUUUUCCUCUGCCUGGGCUCUGUCUCUGGACAUCACAGUCCUGCCAUGGGCCUGGCCCCUGUGAGCAUGGUCUUGGGUCCCUCCAGUCAGCAGUCUGUCCCUACCUCGGUUGUUCUGUGUUGCUUGGGGUUGGCAGAUGGAUCCUUGAAGGACAGUACAGAGAUGGGCUGGCAGGAAAGUUUGGGCCAGCCCUGUGGACACAGGCAUGGGGGAGUGAUAGGGUUUCCCUGGGCCUGGAGCAGGGGUCAUGUGAGGGACAGGUGGAUAGGCCAGAGGCUAUUGGAUCAGCACAACCGGCAGGCCAUGGCUAGGGUGAUGAAUGGAUUUAAGUGGCAAGAGUUGGUGACUGCACGCUGAGGAAGGGUGGUAGCAGGCAGGGCCAGGUCAGUUUUGGGCCCCACAGAGGUCACUGAGAGGUGCUCGGUUCUUUCAGAGGGCAGGCUGGGUUUGCAGGUCUAUGGGGGCAGAUGGUGGAGUGGGCUGUGGGGAAGACCAAGAAGCUCAGUACAGGCGAGAUUGGAUCCCCGUCUCUGGUGGUGCCCGGAGACCUACAUCUUGCUGUUCCCUGCAGGGCUUUUCUGUGCGUGACAUGGAGACGUGAGGUGGCAAGGCUCCCAAGGGCUUGGCUUGGACCACGAUGGGGCUGGGCUGUGGCCUCCUAACGGGGCUCUCAUCUGGGGUGGUGUCUGGGGGUCACCCUCCCCCCUACCCUUGUCUUGGAGCACCCCUCCCCCUCCCCUGCCAAGUGAGGCCUGUCCUGGUGCCCAGUGCCCGCCAUGAACGGCCUGUCGGUGACCGAGCUCUGCUGUCUGUUCUGCUGCCCACCCUGCCCCGGCCGCAUUGCCGCCAAGCUUGCCUUCCUGCCACCGGAGCCCACCUACUCGCUGGUGCCUGAGCCCGAGUUGGGGCCUGGCGGGGCUGGGGCUGCCCCCUCAGGGACCCUGCGGGCCUCUGCGGGCACCCCCGGGCGCUGGAAGCUCCACUUGAUGGAGCGCGCUGACUUCCAGUACAGCCAACGUGAGCUGGAUACCAUGGAAGUCUUCCUGACCAAGAGCAGCCGGGGCAACCGCAUCGCCUGCAUGUACGUACGCUGCGUGCCAGGAGCCAGGUACACAGUCCUCUUCUCGCACGGCAAUGCUGUGGACCUGGGCCAGAUGAGCAGCUUCUACAUCGGCCUGGGCUCUCGUAUCAACUGCAACAUCUUCUCCUACGACUACUCGGGCUACGGCGUCAGCUCGGGCAGGCCCUCUGAGAAGAACCUCUAUGCUGACAUUGACGCUGCUUGGCAGGCCCUGCGCACCCGGUACGGCAUCAGCCCAGACAGCAUCGUCCUGUACGGGCAGAGCAUCGGCACGGUGCCCACCGUGGACCUGGCCUCGCGCUACGAGUGCGCCGCGGUGGUGCUGCACUCGCCGCUCACCUCGGGCAUGAGGGUCGCCUUCCCUGACACCAAGAAGACCUACUGUUUCGAUGCAUUCCCCAACAUCGAGAAGGUGUCCAAGAUCACGUCGCCGGUGCUCAUCAUCCAUGGCACGGAGGACGAAGUGAUCGACUUCUCGCACGGGCUGGCACUCUAUGAGCGUUGUCCCAAGGCUGUGGAGCCGCUGUGGGUAGAGGGCGCUGGGCACAACGACAUUGAGCUCUACAGCCAGUACCUGGAGCGCCUCCGCCGCUUCAUCUCCCAGGAGCUGCCCAGCCAGCGUGCCUAGCCUAGCGGACACCCCGAGCCGCUCCGGGAGGGACCUGAAGCAAUAAUAAGGCGGCGCCUGGACUCGCCCCACGCUUGGCUGGGCUGCUGUAUGUGAACCGCCCCAGGCCCCUGAGGCAGCCGGCAGGCAAGGGGACGGAAACUGCCCUGGCUCAGGGGCUGUGGACAAUGUACAAGCGACAGAACCACGCUCUCCUUUCCUUUUGGAAGCAAAACGAAAGAAAAACGUGGAAACAAAGAUUUAAAAUUUUA